CAUCGCAUACCACCACGAGCUCGCCAACAGCAUUGCGACAUUGAAGUCGUAUUGCUAACAUCUGUAAUUCUCAGCAAUGAUAUUCUAGGCCGAAAAGGGCGCGGCGCGACAUCAAACAGAGAGCUGGGCUCUCCUCCCAUCCGCCACCAGCGCUCCUCCUUCUACCAUCAUGGCCGCCGUUGCGAAUGGCCAUACGAACGGCGUCAACGGUCAUGGCGAACGUGUCGUGUUCCAGCGCUUUGCCGAAGUUCCGCUGGUCAUCGACAUUCCUGUCAGCGGAGAAGACGGCGAAGAAGUCACCCUCGACUUGAGUAAUCCUCUUGACGACAUUGACGAGCUUUGCGGGCUGCUGGAGAGCGAGAAUGUGGCCAAGAGCUAUUGGAUUACAAUCGCGCUUGCCUACAUCAAGCAGAAUAAGGCUGAUCUGGCAGUCGACAUUGUCAAGAGAGGCUUGGAAGCGAUCCCGUCUGCGCGGUCAGAUGACAAGCUCAGUCUGCUUGCGUGUUUGGUCUGGAUUUAUCUCUGGAAGUGUCGGAAGGCGCCCAGAGUUAAGCCGACCCAGGCGACCGAAGAUGAGCGAACGAAGGAGCACUGGCUGGGCGCUGCCAACAUUGCGCUGAAUGAUGCUUCGCGCAUUAGUCCUUCCUACCCUCCGCUCUUCCUUGCGCGAGGCACCCUACUGCUUUUGAAGGCGUCUUUGCAGCCGACCAAGUUUGGCCCCGGAGGCCAAGAGCAUUCGGAGCGAAUAGAGACGCUGAGACAGGCAUCAAAGAAUUUCGACGAUGCAUAUCGAGUUUCAGGCAACAAGAAUGUUUUGGCUAUCAUGGGUAAGGCUCGCACACAGUUCUCGUUAGCCAAGUAUCCAGAGGCAUAUAUUCUCUACCAGCAGGCUCUUGAGCGCGCGACAGACCUCACAGAUCCUGAUCCACGCAUUGGCAUUGGCUGCUGUUUGUGGCAGCUGGGCCACAAGGAGAAUGCGAAAGAGGCUUGGGAGCGCGCCCUUGAACUGAAUGAGACCUCGACGAUCGCCAACAUCCUGCUUGGAUUGUACUACCUCGAUCAGAGCGGCCAGUACAACACAACCGACAAAGCCUUCGCGCCGAUUUAUCGAAAAGCCAUGACCGAGUACACGCAAACGGCUUUCAAGCUGAACGAUAUGCAUGCUCUCACGUGCUCGACAUUUGGUGGGUACUUCCUGCUUCGCAAGACUUGGCCAAACGUGGAGCGUCUGGCGCGCAGGGCCAUUGAGCACACCGAUGUCAAUGCCAUUGCCAGUGACGGCUGGUAUCUGCUUGCCAGGAAAGACCAUUACGAAGGCGAUCUUGCCAAGGCUCAAGACCACUACACUAAGGCCGACCAAGCAAGAGGCGGUGAUGAUCGAGGAUACCUGCCUGCCAAGUUCGGUGCAGUGCAGCUGAAGACCCUCAUGCAGGAUAUCGAUGGUGCCAAGUUCCGCCUCGAGAAGAUGCUGCUCACAAACAAAAAUGUGGAGGCAACAACGCUUCUGGGCGUACUUUACGCGGAAGAAGUCUUUGCUGCACAAGCAGCCGGUUCAAAAGAGGACAAGAGCGAAUCGAAGAAGAAGGCAAUAGUCCGUCUCGAGCAGGUUCGUGUCGCUUGGAAGGAUUCGAAGAAGAAGAUUACGCCAGAUUCUGCCGUCUUGCUGAACCUGGCCCGUCUCUACGAACAAGACGCACCAGAUAAGGCAUUGUCGUGUCUUCUGCAUGUCGAGCAGCUGGAGCUUGCCGAGAUCUCGGACGAGGAUUUGCCUGAGGACAUUGACGAGACCGACGAGAGCGCUGUAAGAGCCGCCAAGCAGGAGAUGCUGAGUCCUCAGCUCCUCAACAACAUCGGCUCGUUCUACUUCCACGCAGAUCGUCUAUCGCAAGCUCGAGAAUACUUCCAGUAUGCCCUGCGGUCUAGCGUCUCAAUCAACGCCAAGGACGAGUCUGUCGACACGGAUGCGUUGGUCACAACUAUCAGUUACAACCUUGCUCGCACUUACGAAGCCGAGGGCGUGGAAGAUGAGGCGGAGAACAUCUACAAGAAACUGUUGGAGCGGCAUCCAGACUAUAUCGAUGCCAAUUCGCGUAUGGCUUACCUCGCACUGCGCAACGACCCAGCCAAGGGAGCUGAAGCCAUCAAAGAAUUGAUGGAAGCAGAUCCUGCCAAUCUGGAAGUACGAGCUCUCUACGGCUGGUACAUCAACAAGCACAAGAAGCGAACUCUUGCCUUGAAUGAGGACCAAGAGCAGAAGCACUACAAACACACGCUCAUGACCUACGACAAGCACGACAUAUACUCACUUACCGGGAUGGGCAACCUGCACCUCACCGUGGCUAGAGAAAUGCCUCGAGACACCGAUGUGCACAAAGAGCGGCGAAGCAAGACCUACGCUCGCGCGGUUGAGUUCUUCGACAAAGUUCUUACCCUCGAUCCUAAAAACGCAUUUGCUGCGCAGGGUCUCGGCAUUGCAAUGGUCGAGGAGAAGAAGGACACGAGCGCGGGCAUUUCAGUAUUCUCAAAAGUGCGCGAGAGUGUCAAGGACGCUUCAGUCCACAUAAACCUUGGCCACGUCUACUGCGAGCUGAAGCAAUUCAGUCGUUCCAUCGAGAACUACGAGCUUGCACUUGCAAAGUCACGAGACAAGGAUCCACAGAUCAUGGCGUGUCUUGGUCGUGCCUGGUUGAUGCGUGGCAGAGCAGAGAAAUCUCUCGAUGCCUUAAAGACCAGUCUGUACAUCUCCCAACAAGCAUUGGAGAAGGCCCCGGACAACAUCAAUUUCAAAUUCAACGUCGCCUUUGUCCAGAUACAGAUUGCGCAGCAGAUGAUCAUGCAACCUGAAGCAAACAAGACCUUGGCCGACGUCGAGAUUGCGAGCAAAGGCCUCGACGCCGCUAUCGAGUCGUUUGGCGAGAUUGCCAAGAGCCCCAACACACCAUUCCCACGUCACGAUAUUGAGCAACGUGCCAACAUGGGUCGGAACACGAUGAAGAGACAGCUAGCGACAGCCAUCGAGAAGCAAGCCGAAUAUGAGAAGAAGCACGCAACUCGUCUUGAGGAGGCACGCAAGCGUCGCGAAGAAGAAGUCCGCAAGCGAGAAGAGGAGCGCCGAAAGGCUUUGGAAGCUGCGGAGGAAGAGAAGCGCAAAAUUCGUGAAGAACGUGAGAAGCUCAUGGAAGAGGACCGUCAACUUCUCGAGAAGCGGAUGCAGGAGGAAAGAGAGCGUGAAGCUGCAGAGUACACCACAGACGAAGAGGGUAAUCGCAAGAAGCGCGAGAAGAAGCCAAAGGAGAAGAGACAGAAGCGAAAGAAGAAGGGAGAAGAGUCCGACACUGAGGCUACAGGCGAUGAGGGUAGGCGCAGUCGACAUCGCUCCCGAGCUGCCAGUACCACCGGCAGUGAUCUGGAUGCGCCGCGCAAAAAGAAGAAGAGACGACUGGAGCGCAAGGGUCAAGCCGUCAAGUCCAGCAAAUAUAAGUCUGCUGAUCUGGUUGUCGAAUCGGAUUCAGAGGAUGAUGCUGGUCUUGCUGCUCCCACUUCCUCUGCCGCACCUCAGUCCGAUGCUGCAGAGACACCAGCCCCUGAAACGCCUAGACCGGGUGACGACACCAUGGCAGAUGGAGGCGAUGAAGACGAUGAGCCCACAGCACGAUCUCAACAGCGGCGGAAACCAGCUCGUGUCCUCGACGACGAUGAGGACGAGGACGGUGAUGUGCCUCCAGCCACUAAUGGUGGUGAUACAUCGAUGGUGGAUGACAGUGUCGAAACCGCAGGGGAUAGUGACCAUGGUGGAGACUAGUUACCUCGAGAGAAUAUGAAAGCAAACACUAUCAUCAAUCAAAUUGGUCACCCCGACGCAGCGGCAAGACGCGACAGCAUCAUGGGCAUUGGAGACAUCGUCACAAAGUAUCAAGCAGACAACUCGCAGGUUGCGUGGUCUUCUACCACAUUCCUACCAGCCAAUAUGACCUCCCCGCUCACAGAAAAGCUCCGCCGGAAGCGAUACACACUCGACUGGAGCAAACCCCCGAGAAAAGGGAAGGUGAAGCUUGGUCUCGAUGAGCGGCUGAAGCUGGAAGGUACGCUGCAGAAGGAAGUCCUCAAACUUCGUGAGCGAUUAGACCGCGGAAGCAAGAGUUCUCGCACCCUGCGAAGACUUUGGGAUGAUCACGAGGCUCUUCUAGCAUUAGGAAGCAGACCAUAGGGACAAAUUUGGUGCAAUAGUUUAGGAGGCAUAAUCAAAAUUGAUACCACACGUCG